AUUUGGAGUGAAUUUUUAUUGCUUUUUUCAUCCCUCUGGGCAAACCCAGCAGCCCCAUGGAAAGUGGAAACCAAACAGGAGUCAGAAAUUUUCUCCUCCUGGGAUUCACAAAGGAUCCAGCCCUCUUUUGGCUGUUUCUGUCCAUGUACCUGAUCAUAUUCACUGGGAACCUGGCCAUCAUCUUGGCCAUCAUCUCAGACUCCCACCUCCACACACCCAUGUACUUCUUCCUCUCCAACCUGUCCUUUGCUGACUUUUGUUUCACCUCUACCACCAUCCCAAAGAUGCUGAUGAACUUGCAGACAGAAAGAAAAGUUAUCACCUAUGCAGGCUGCCUCAGCCAGAUAUUUUUUUUCAUUGUGUUUGGAUGCCUGGACAAUUUACUCCUGACUGUGAUGGCCUAUGACCGCUUUGUGGCCAUUUGUCACCCCCUGAACUACACAGUCAUCAUGAACCCCCAGGUGUGUGGGAUGCUGGCUCUGGGGUCCUGGUGCAUCAGUAUCAUAGGCUCCCUGCUCGGGACCUUGACCCUCUUGAGGCUGUCCUUCUGCAGGAACAUGAACAUUCCACACUUCUUUUGUGAUCUUCCUGAAGUCUUGAAGCUUGCCUGCUCAGACACCCUCAUCAAUAACAUUGUGCUGUAUUUUGUGACUAUUGCCCUAGGUGUUUUUCCUCUCUCUGGCAUCCUCUUUUCUUAUUCUCAGAUUUUCUCAUCCAUCCUGAGAAUUUCAUCAGUCAGGGGCAAGUACAAAGCCUUUUCCACCUGUGGGUCUCACCUUUCAGUGGUUUCCUUAUUCUAUGGCACAGGCCUUGGAGUCUACCUCAGUUCUGCAAUGACUUCAUCCUCUAGGACAAGUCUGGUGGCCUCGGUGACGUACACCAUGGUCACCCCCAUGCUGAACCCCUUCAUCUACAGUCUGAGGAACAAGGACAUGAAGGGGGCCCUGAUUAGACUCCUCAGCAGGGCAGCAUCUCUCAGUGUUAUGACUUUUACAAGACUCUCCUAA